AUGCCAUUCACGGUUGAGCAGACCACGACGUUCGUGGGUGAUAAAGAUACAACGCUCGGAUGUAUCUUAUCCCUGCUAUCAGAUCAGCUCUAUGAUCUGUAUAUGGAUUACACUAACCCCACAGAGUUGUGGGAUGCACUUGAGCGUAAAUAUGCAGUAUCAGAAGGUGGUCGCUUACUCUAUACCUAUGAGCAGUUCUAUGACUACAACAUUGAUGCUGCAAAGUCGAUAGUUGCAAAGGCACAUCAGAUGCAGCUACUGGUUGGAGAGAUUGCAAGUUUGGGCUAUCCUUUGCCGAACAGGUUUGUGGCGGCAGGCAUUAUUGCCAAACUCCCUGCAUCUUGGAGGGAUUUUGCCAUAACCCUGAAACACAAAAGAGAAGAUAUCUCCACCGAGGAUCCAAUUAUAGCUCUCGAUGUGGAAGAGAAGGCAAGGACAAAGGAUACUCCAGGAACAUCUGCUCAAGGUGCAAGUGCAAACAUCAUAGCGAACAAGCCCACCCACAAGGGUAAGGUGAAGGGGCAUCUUGCGAAGAAUUGCCACUACCGCAAGGACAGAGAUGAUGACAAGUCUAACAAGAAGGUGAACGUCACCAUAGGCAACGGCCAUGAGGCCGGUGGAUCUCGUGAUAGUGCGCAUACUUCCUCUGUCUUGAUGGGAAACAAAUCUGUUGCGCCUAUUGUUGGUGUUGGUACGGUCGAACUGAAGCUAAGUCCAGAGAAGAUUGUCCACUUGAAGAAUGUGCAACAUGCUCCGUCAAUAAACAAGAACCUCAUUAGCGGGCCCUUGCUUUUCGAGAUGGUUAUAAGUUAG